AUGACCGAGGAGGGUCCCGCCGGGAGCCUCCAGAGCGAGGCCUCGUGUUCCCUGUGCCGGGGGCUCUUCCAGGACCCCGUGUCCAUCCACUGCGGCCACUCCUUCUGCCGGGGGUGCAUCGAGAGGCGCUGGGAGGGCUCCGAGGGCUCCUUCCCCUGCCCGCUCUGCCGGGAGACGGCGCCGGAGCGGGGGCUGCGCCCCAACCGGGAGCUGGCCGGGAUCCUGAGCAUCGCCCGGCGGCUCAGCCGGAGGCUGCCCCGGCCCGGGGAGCCGCUGUGCCCGAGGCACGGCCGGGCUCUGAAGCUCUUCUGCGAGGAGGAGCAGACCCCCGUGUGCCUGGCGUGCCGCGAGUCCCCGGCCCACCGGCCCCACUCGGCCGUGCCCAUCGAGGAGGCGGCCGAGGAGCGCAAGGAGAAACUCCAGGCUCACGCGCAGAUCCUGAGGGACAGGAGGGAAAAGCUGCAGGGGAUGAAAGCGGCCGAGGAAGGGAAAAGCCUGGACCUGCUCGAGCGGGUGGAUGCGGAGAGGAGGAGAGUGGUGUCCCAAAUCCGGGAGCUGCACCGGCUCCUGGAGGGGCAGGAGCGGCUCCUGCUGGAGCGGCUGGCGAAGCUGGAGCGGGACAUCCUGGGCAGGCAGGAGCAGAACAUCGGCAGGCUCUCGGAGCAGAUCUCCUCCGUGGCCGAGCAGAUCCGGGAGCUGGAGGAGAAGUGUCAGCAGCCGCCCUGGGAGCUCCUGGAGGGCAGCACAGACAUCCUGAGCAGGCUGGAGGAGGAGAGUGCCCAAGAGCCAGCAGAGACACCACCUGAGCCAGCAGAGCAGCUCACGGGGCUGCCCCAGCCAAACAUCGCCCUCAAAGAGAUGCUGAUGAUGUUCCAAGAGAGCCUGACGCUGGACCCGGACACGGCGCACCCUCGGCUGGCGCUGUCGGAGGACGGCAAGCGGGUGCGGUGGGAGCAGAGCCGGCGCAGCGUGGCCGACCACCCCAAGCGCUUCGACGCCUCUCGCUGCGUGCUGGGCCGCCAGGGCUUCAGCUCGGGCCGCCACUACUGGGAGGUGGCGGUGGGCGGCGGGGCCGCCUGGGCGCUGGGGGUGGCGCGGGAGUCGGUGCGCAGGAAGGGCCGGCUGCGCGUCAGCCCCGCCGGCGGCAUCUGGGCCGUGGGGCGCUGCGGGAGCCAGUGCCAGGCCCUGGCCUCGCCCGCCGUGCCCCUCGCCCUGCGCGAGCCCCCCGCGCUCGUGGGGGUCUACCUGGACUACGAGGGGGGCCGCGUGGCCUUCUUCGACGCCGCCAGGGAGGCCCCCAUGUUCGCCUACCCCCCCGCGUCCUUCGGCGGGGAGAGGGUCCUGCCCCUGCUCUGCCUGGGCAGGGGGGGCCACUUCGCGCUGUGCCCGUGA